AUUGUUGGCGUUUUGACGGUUGAGCAGCGCUUCCUUCCGGACGCAGCCAGACACACACCGCCGGUGCCUCGUCACUCCGCGCUGGAAGAUGGCUGCGGCGGACCGGCCCCCGGUCAGGGAAGGGAUCCGGAUAUUUGUAUUGUGUGUAUGCUGGUACACGGUCAGCUCGGGAGGCAACAUCGUCAACAAAAUCAUCCUCAAUGGAUUCCCGUACCCGGUCACAGUCUCUCUGUUUCACAUAAUUUCUAUCGUCGUCUUCCUCCCGCCGUUGUUGCGGGCAUGGGGAGUCCCCAAAACAGAACUGCCGAGCAGGUAUUACCGGUGGUACAUCCUGCCUUUAGCCUUCGGAAAAUACUUUGCAUCAGUCUCGGCUCACUUCAGCAUAUGGAAAGUACCCGUUUCAUAUGCGCACACCGUCAAAGCCACAAUGCCAAUAUGGGUUGUGCUUUUAUCAAGAAUUAUCAUGAGGGAGAAGCAAACCACAAAGGUGUAUAUAUCGCUCAUUCCCAUCAUCGGCGGCGUGCUGCUGGCCACAGCAACUGAGCUGUCCUUUGAUGUUUCAGGACUAAUCAGCGCUCUGGCUGCCACGCUGUGCUUCUCUUUGCAGAACAUCUUCUCCAAAAAGGUGUUGCGUGACACAAGUAUCCACCACUUGAGGCUGCUCAACAUCCUGGGCUUUAAUGCUGUGAUCUUUAUGCUGCCCACCUGGGUCCUGGUUGAUCUCUCUGUGUUUCUUGUCAAUGGAGACCUGUCGGACAUGUCCGGAUGGACGAGUACCAUCGUCCUCCUGCUCAUCAGCGGCUUCUGCAACUUCGCUCAGAACGUCAUUGCCUUCAGCGUACUUAACAUCGUCAGCCCGCUCAGCUACGCCGUCGCCAACGCCACCAAGAGAAUCAUGGUCAUUAGUAUCUCAUUGCUAAUGCUGCGCAACCCGGUCACCCUCACAAACGUCCUGGGUAUGAUGACUGCCAUAGUCGGGGUCUUCCUCUACAACAAGGCCAAGUACGACGCAAACAAGCAGAAGAAGCUGCUGCCCAGCGCCAAGCAGGACCUGAUGUCCUUUGACAACCCAGCGCUGGAGAAGAUCCAGGCCAACGGGUCAGUGCCUUUCUCCCAUGGCUCAGAGCAGCAGCACAGCUGGAACAACGUGCUGACCGACCACUUUCAGUACAGCCGGCAGGCCUACACGACAAACUACAGCGGCAACCACCAGUAUGUGGUGUAAGGGCCUGCCCUCGCUCUGGGUCGCUGUCAUGGACUUUACUGUGUGUAGCCACCCUCCCAGCAGCGGGUCUUCACAGGCCCACAACCCAAGACUGAAGGCAAGUGCUGUUUGUUCUGGAUAGGAAGAAUGAGAUGCGUCGGUCAAGAUGGGCCAGUGACGUGACCUCUCCCACGCUCCUCCCUGUCUAAACUUCACUUCUGUAUGUCAUUGUUUAUUUAUACUUUGUUACAGACAGUAUGUGAUGGUCCGAGAGACAACAAAACUUAAAUCACUUUUCAGAUAUUUUGGUGACAGAUUCAGCCAUGUUAAUCAAACACAGAAAUGUGCCACAGCAGGUGGAAAAGUAAAAGGUAGUUGAUAAAUGAUUUGCACCUUAUUGUCUGAAAAUGUCUUGAGUUUUGUUUUCACCACCAGCUGUCAUUUGUUUUGGGUUGUUUUGUUCACUUUCAGAGGAAAGGAUGUAAUUAUUUACUCUGAACGCUACCUUGCACCGAAACAAGAGUCUCCCAGGACAAAUCUCAGUGGAAGGCAUUAACAUUUUGGUUUUAGGUGUUUCAUGUUUUGGAUAGACAUUUUUCUUCAUGAGGCAUCUGUAAUGAUGCGAGGAGAAACAAUUUGCUUGUUGUCCUCAGUCAAGAAAACGGAUUCCACUGCUCUAAAAGCUUCAGGCAGAUGGGAGUUGUUUGUGGACAGUGGAGGAUUUAACGGUCACUUAAAAAGAGUUUGGAAAUUUGUGGUUUCGUAGAUGUGGUCUGGUGAUAAGAUGUUGGUGGCAUCGUUGUAGACUGUGCUCGCUUUCCAAAGGGGUUCAUGCCUGAUGAAGAAAAAUGCCCAAAUUUCAAAAUAAAAUUAAAAAAAAUUUAUUGUCUGCAUGAAGUUGAUGCUCGUAAACUUGUUGCACACUCAGAUCAGUAAACUUUCCGUCACACUUGUUUUCAGCUGGUGUUUUAACUGCCACUGUCGAAAAACACACACCAAGUCUCCAUGUCUUUGUAUCAUGAUAAACCUUCAUGAAAACCAAGAGUGAGACCAGUUCUGUUAACCGAACAGUCAGUGACCUCCCACAUAUCUGUUCCUUUUCAUUAUUUAUUUCGUUAACAUGAAGCAUUGGUGUAAAAAAAAAAAAAGUUAAAGCUUACAUUCACCAAAACAAAGCAUCCUACCAUCUACAACAGAUCAUACUAUAAAGGAUGCUCAUGCUUCAUCUUUCUUCUAGAGUCUAACCAUGUUAAAUGUAAUAGAGAUGUUAAAAUCCAUCACAAAUGCUAUCACAAAUUGAUUAUUGGUAUUUAUUGAUCUGCAAAGCUACUCAGGCAGAGUGAGAUUUUCUCUCCUGUCAAGGUGAUUUUUUCAGUCUCAACCAAAGCUGCUCUGUCGUGUUUUAUGUUGGGUGGGGUGGGGUGGGGGGGGUUUGUUUGUUUGUUUGUAAACAGAGGCCCGGUUUGAGUUUGCACAUCAUAAAACUAAAAUGUGUUUUUCAGAUUGACUCUUUCUGUCAAGUGACUUUAUAGUUCUGGUGUUUUUAAUUUAAAGCAUUUUUUGUAACAUUGCUUUGUCAGACGGUCACUGGACAGACUUGAUUCAAAAUGAGACAUGCAUGAAAUCUGAGGUUUGGUUUGUACAAUUAAAGACUAACUGUAAUUUCAGGACAAGAUAUUUGAUUAUGAUUAUUGAUUACAAUGUCUGCAAAAUUGGUAACCAAUAAUCAUUUGAUAAUGUAAAGUGUGGGUUUUGUUGUUGUUGUGUGUUUUUUUAUUUUUAUUUUUUUUUUUACUGCUUGAGGAACUGUUUAAUUUAGGAAACAUCUGUCACUUGGUUUUCUCCUGGCAGGAUAGCUUGUGCUCUCUCUCUCUCUCUCUAUCAUGCACACUGAGCAUCUCACUGCAGCAAUAUAAAGUUUUUUAUGAUCUUUUUUUUCUGAAAUCAAUGUUAUGUAAUUCUGCUCAUUUAUAUUGUAGGGACAACGCACGUAUAUUGAACUUUUGUAAAAGUGCCAGUUGUAGCCCGUGAGCUUGCUUGUUUGUUUUUUCAGCUGUAGAAACUGGUAGAUGUGGGUAAAAGGGAUAGUGCGGUUGUAUUCUAAUAAUAGGUCUUUUUUGUGUGUGUGUGUGUGUGUGUGUGUGUGUGUGUGUGUGUGUACUAUGUUUGCCUUUUUUGAUAAAUUUUAAAACACUCACAGUAUUUAGUCUGGAGAAAAACCCCGAAAGAGCUCUGAGGGGUCAGUGCUCUCUGUGCUUCCCAGAGACAAACUAGCAUCAACAACUGUCUGUUUAAUCUUUUUUUUAAAUUUAUAGAACAAACUAGCUCUUAUUGCUGAGAUGGUUUGAGUUUAUAGGAUCUUGGGAACCCAAAGCUCUGUUUUUCUACAUCAGGGAGAGAAAUUACUGGCGUAUGUAAGUAACAAAAUAUCCUGUAUUUAAAGAAAGACCAGAAAAGUAGAAACACCUGUUUGUAAUGUAGGGAAUUGGACUGCUGCUGUCGUUUGUGUGCUGAUUAUUGUACACUUUGAGGCUGUAGUUUGUGGUGUUGGACUGCGUUAAAUUAUAACGUAUACCACUAACGACAGCCUCAAAAGUAUAAGGAGUUGAAUGAAAACCUCCUGAGCAACAGUAGCAUUUAUCCACUGGAACUUUUUUCACAUUAUGAAAACCUCAAAACUUCAUUACCAACAUUUUCCAUCUAAACAUUGAACUAAAUUACUGUGUAAUGUGAAAGUGUUUGUGCUCAUGAUGCCACAACAGCAGAGAAUUAACUCCCAUUUCUGUCGCUCUAUGGUGGCUGGGUUUUACAGCUGCACACAUCCCAACUAAAUAGUUAGAAAUAGUUAAUGUAACUGCUCUCACCCCCCAAGCAGCAUCAUUUAAAAGCACCUGUUAUAAUUAGCAUUUAGCAUCUAAUGGCUAAAACACCAGAUAUUUCUUAGGACUUCGUGAAGACCCAAACAGACUUUUAAAGAAGAGUGGAUGUCAUUCAAAAAGGGGUCAGAAAUAUAAAUAGAUUUUUUUCUAUUUCACUGUAACAUCUUCGUAUUUUCUACCACUUUAAUAUGAACAAGCAGGUCACUGAAAAUACUGCUUUAUGGGCAUCUGUCCAGAUGUAUUAUUAAACACUAAGCGCCGCCAAUCCCUCAAGGAGACUUGCACACAAGACUUCAACUCUAAAGCCUAAAUAUUUACAGACCAAAUAUUUACAGAUCUUUCAAACAGCUUUUUUGUUGCAUUUUUAGCUAACUGAUUGACACUCUGUUGCCUCGUUUAUAAAAAGCACUUAUUGUAAAUCUUAAAUAAAAUGCACACUUAAAUCUUCAUACUAUCAGAUUGGUGCAGUAAAUCGAGAAUGUGACAUUAUGCCCCUCUGGAUGAGUAGAUAAACUUCUUAUGUGACGAACAGAAAAAAAUCCAUAAUCCACUAUUGUGAGGGGUGAAAAAUAAAAUAUCCAAACUUAUCAGCUGGAGAAAAAUGUGAUUCUGCAUGAAAGCAGUGUGACAUCCACAAACAUCAAGACAAAACUGAAACCGUUCAUCAAAGAAAUGACACAAUCCUUUCAUACUUUAGGAACUCUCAUGCAAUCUGCUAUCUGCAAUCUUUGUGCUCAUUUCCCCAAAUUCUGUGAUUAUAUCCUGAAUUAUUUGGACAGUAACAAUCAACGUGAAUGCAUUUUGGGACAGGCUACGUUGGGAGAAAGGAGAAACAAUAGUACACGUGAGAUUUAACUUUGUCUUGAUAAUCGCACCGUCCGCUGCAGCAGCAGAUGUUUUUAGACUCUCUCAUUCCUUCAUGUUUUUGUUCCUCAUGUUGCCAAAAGCAGAGAUAUAUAACCUUUCUGAUGCUGAUGCACCACAGGACACCCUUGUGGAUAAGAUGUGAAAAUUCAUAAACCUUUUUUAUAAUUUUUUUGAUUUUCAGUGUCCUGCUGGCUGUUUCUGUAAAGCAAGCUAACUGGGAAAACUGUUGAUUUGGAUGUCGGCUGUAAAGCUUUUAGCUGGGAUGUAAAUGUUAAUGAGUGGAGGGGGAAGGGGAUGUAAAACUUGUACAAUUAUUAUUUUUGUCUGUCUUUAAUGGAUCUUGAGACAGAAUUUUUACUUAACCGAUGUUUAUAGAUUUUUAUUUAUGGUGUCAUGGUACAAGAAUGCUGUACAGAGGUGCAGCUACCCACAGUCUUGUCUGCUUAUGUUUAGUAAAUGCCAUUUUUAAAUGUUGGGAGGGGGAAAUAAAUGCAUUAUGGAAUAAUGAA